AUGCGCUUCACCCUUUUUCACUUCUUCUACUCAACCUCCUUUACGGUCCUCUUCCUCCUUUUAGCCAUCCUUGUCCUAAUCACCCCUGCCGACACCAUUGUUCAAGCACUCAUACGGAACGAGAGAAUUAACAACGUAUUCAUAGUUGCCGGCUGCUACGUCCUUACGGCCCUAAUCGCACUAAUAAUCUACGUUUCUCGAAUUUAUAGUGUCAGGCGUUUGAUGGCCGAUAUUCCGAAGUUCUACGCUCCUGUCAGGAAAGUUUACUUAAGAGCUCGGGUGCAUAAGGCCAUUACGGCAAAUUUAAGCCGGAGCGCGGUUAUUGCUGUGCAAAGUCGGCCAAGGGAAGGUGGGCAGGGGGUUUGGGGGGAAAUCAAGCAUCCGGGUUGGUCCGACGGAACCGGGAGGUUACCGAAUGUACAGUACUUGUCAGUUGUCAAGGAGCUACCGAAUUUAUUGGAGAUAGAAGCGUUAUCGUUACGCCCUCCUGAGUCUUCAAGGGAUGGGCUUAGGACUCCUACGUCAAAUGUAUUCGAGGAGAUUACUAUGCCGGAUCAGGAGGUGGUUAGACGACAGCCACAUAUGUCGUUCAGAGCCUAUUUAAACCGGUUGGCAGCGGUCGGCUAUGUACGACAGGAUGUUGCAGAUUUAUUUAUGGCUAGAUAUGAACGCGCUAGGUUCCGGAGUCAAGGUGAAGGGAUUGAAGAGAGGGAAUUCAUGGAGCUCAUGCACAUUUUUGCCGGAUUAUUGAAGACUUUGGGGGAUGACUUGUUCACCGACUCGCCAUCCACAUCCUCGCGUCACCGAAACUGGGAGCCCAGGGACGAGGAUUCGAAUGAGGAGGACCAUCGGGAAUGUAUGGGGCUCGAAAGACGGGAUAGAUACAAUAGCUCUGGAUAUGAAACGACAAGCACGGAACGCGAGGAAGGAGAAGGGUUACGGUCCACCCCCGAUCGCCUGAACGACGGCUUCGUCGUCGGUGUGCAAAGAAGGCGACCCGAAACAAUUGGGUCGACAAAUAUCAGUAUGCGCAGGACUACGACCGCCACUACUGUAGGAAGCAUAACCAGCCCUGAAGACAAUGAGAUAGAAAUGGUGUCGCUGAGGCCAAGGGGUACCAGAAGGUUGAGCGCAAGAACGUCGGCGGGGACUUUUGGUUGACAAGUAUAUGAUAAUGCUGUUGUAAUCCUCUUUUCCUUUCCUUUGGGUGGUGUCGGUUUGCAUUCUGGCGUUUUUUCCCUUUGUUUUGUUUAGACCUAUGUUUUUCCCCUUCAUAGCAUCGAAGUCCGGCGUUUGGGUUUUCAGAUUUGGAGCGCGAACGCUACUACUGUCUAAUACUUCUGUUCAAAUUUGGCUUCGCGUCUUCCGUAUUGGUUUCAUUAUCGCUUUGUAAUAUAGUUCAUGUGGUAUGAUAUACAGGGUAAGUGAAGUGCUCGGCACAUUUUGUCUUCCAAGGGGAUCAAGCACUUCUUAGGUUGAUCAAGAUCUUUUUUGCGAUAUUUGA